AUGAGUGAAAUAUCAGAUACAAGUGAUUCAAAUGAAAAUAACUUUAGCCGUCGUAGUAUAUUAAGACGUCAAAAACAGGAGUUGAAAAAUUUUAAACUUGAAUGGAAAAAUGCAUUAAAAAAUAGCAAGGGUAAAGGAUCUAAACGUGAAAUAGAUAAUCAAUUUAAGAAAAAAGAGCAGAAUAUAUUAGAAUUACAUAAAAAAGAGCUAUCUAUGCAAAGUAACAAUAUUCAAGAUAAUAAUAUAUCUAUAAAUAUAGAAAACCAGAGAGUUGAUGAAUUAAUAUCUUCUAUUAAUGAAUUAAAACCAUUUUAUAUAAAAGAGAGACCGAUUAUAUUACGUAGUUAUCAAAGAAAACAAAAAAAAAGAAUGGCCCAAGCUGAAAAAGAUCAAAGAAUGUAUGAAGAGUGUAUCUUAACAGUUAAUAAACGUGAUAAAACAGAAAUGGAAGAUAUAAUUGAAAAACUCAAAAAAUUUAACUUGUCUCUAUAUACAAUCAAAGCUGAUGGUAAUUGCCUGUUUGGAGCAAUUAAACAUCAACUGGAAAUUAAAGGAAUUGGGAAUUAUUCAAUUAAACAACUUAGAAAUAUAGCAGCCAAUUAUAUACAAGAAAAUAGGCAAGAUAUUGAACCAUUUAUUUUAUCUGCUAUAGAAGGAAGUACUGUGACAUUUGAAGAGUAUUGUAAUUGUUUAAGAAAUACGAAUGAAUGGGGUGGAGAAGUUGAAUUAGUAGCAUUAUCAAAAUCUCUCAAAGUGCCAAUUGUUGUUAUUUGUGGACUAUCUUAUAGAAAUGAAUACUAUGGUUUAGAAUUUGAAAAUCACUCAAGUUCACUUUAUAUUGUAUACCAUCUCUAUUUAUAUGCAACAGGACCACAUUAUAACUCUACUAUUGAGAAUUAUUAA